AUGGCUUUUGCCAGUAACUUGAAUGAGAAAAGUUCAGAAGCCACAAGACGACUCAAGGAAAGUCUAUACAGCACGAAGCCGAGGAUAGAAGAAGACACUAUCUCCCGAUCUCAGAAAGAGGAGAAGCACUUCAGAAUUGGUAGCGGUGUUAAGAGGCAUGGCGAUAAGGUGCAUUGGCCAAAAAAAAUGAGAUCAAAUCCAAAUAGGCGCAAUCCUGAUCACUGGUGCGAAUUUCACAACGAUCAUGGUCAUAAAACGGCAGAUUGCAUAUUGCUACAAGGCGAAGUUGAUCAUUUAUUAAAGCAAGGGUAUCUCAUUGAAUUAUUCAGUGAGAAAGGUAAGCAAGCAUACAUGAAGAACAGGCAGGAGCCCCCUAAACCUCCUUCUCCCAAAAGGACCGUUAAUGUUAUAAGCGGGGGUGAAGAAAUCAAUGGUGUAAUGUACACUGCAGCCAAUAAAGUUUCCAAAGUCACAAUUACCCACGGAAAGCGGGUGCGACAUGUCUUAGAGGAAGAAAGCAUUACGUUUGAUGAUGUAGAUGCAGAUGGCGUGUUAACUCCACAUAACGAUGCACUGAUGCAAGCUGAAGAUAAACUAGUACCAAAGGCGCAUACUUUGUCUGGAUUCGACAAUUCCACCGUUGUGACGAAAGGGGAUAUAACACUUACUACAUUCGCAGAAGGGGUUGUCAAAGAUACAAAGUUUCAGGUGGUAGAGAUGGAGAUGACUUACAAUAUGAUCUUUGGGAGACCAUGGAUACACGAGAUGGAUGUCGUUCCGUCUACCUUACAUCAAGUUAUUAAAUUUCCAUCACCAUGGAGGAUACGUCAAAUCCGUGAGUCUCCCGAGGAUCAUAUUGUAAGCUAUGGAUACGUCAAAAAUCCGGUGAUUCAAGAUGAGGUCCAAAAAUUACUAAUAGAUGCAAACAAUUAG